AUGAAGAAGACGAGUGUGGAUGUUAUCCCGAAUUGGCGAAUUAUUCUCGAGAGCGAGUACCGCACGCAUAACCACCUCAACUGUGGUGCUACACAUACACGCGUCAAGGACAUUCCCGUGGACAGACUCAACCAACCUGACGGCUCAAGCUGUGGCGUCAUGGUUAUCGCUACAUCUUAUUCAUACAUUCAAGGACAUGGACAAUUUGAGCUGCAACAAGUUACCAAGACGACCAUACUCUCUUUAAGUCAAGUGGCCCCGGCGAUUCUGAAGAAGCGUUGCAUCAGUGGGCUAAAGAUCACGGGUUCAAUCUUCCACGUCGCCAAGUUCGGUACACAGACGACGCUGACAGCAAGGUGUGGGCACGGAACUAUGAGUGAGAUCGAUCCGGAGCCGUGA